GCUUGCAGUUUGCUCUUCUUUCACAGCUCCUAAUUACAGGUGGCUGCAACUCAUCCAUCCAGAAUCCAUCUUCAACUGCAAUACUUUUUUGGUUGAAGGAUGGUUGCCUUUGGGAAAAAGUUGAAAGAAACACAGAUUCUGGAAUGGCAAGGGUAUUACAUAAACUACAAGUUGAUGAAGAAGAAAGUGAAGCAAUAUGUGAGGCAGAUUAAUGAGUCUGACGAAAAUCGCGAGUAUGUCCUGAAGGAUUUCUCCAGGAUUCUGGAUAAGCAGAUUGAAAAGACUGUCCUGUUUGUGUUGGAACAACAAGGUCAACUAGCACACAGGCUAUCCAAUCUGGGGGAACAACAGGACUCCCUUCUGCAGCAAGCAGAGGGUUUGAAUGUUUCUGAGCUGCAAGAAUCGUACCGGGAUGUCGGGAGGGAUCUCCUAAAGCUUCUGUUUUUCGUUGAAAUGAAUGCCAUCGGCUUGCGCAAGAUCUUGAAGAAGUUUGACAAGAGGUGUGGGUACAAGUUUACUAGUUACUAUGUCAAGACUCGAGCGAAUCAUCCUUAUUCCCAGCUAAGACAGAUCUUUAAACAUGUGGGAAUUUCAGCAGUUGUUGGGACCAUAUCUCACAAUCUCGUGGAUCUCCAAGAACGACGUGGGAGCUAUGUUUCAAUAUAUGAUCAGCCCUCUGUGCAUCUUCUGGAUCCUACGAUUGACAACAUUAAAGCAGCAGUGGACAGGUUAACGAAUUCGACCAAUUUUUUGCAAUAUUUGGGGAAACAUGCACUGAUUUUGCCCGAAGAUUUACCAAAUGCAUCAGAGGAUCAUGGCAUCAGUGACAGAUAUCACUUUAUGUCGCUCGUUCUGAACUUGGCGAAUACGUUUCUGUAUAUGGUGAAUACAUACAUUAUUGUGCCAACAGCGGACGAUUACUCCAUGAGUCUCGGAGCUGCAGCCACUGUUUGUGGUGCUGUGAUAGGCUCAAUGGCUAUUGCUCAGGUGUUUUCUUCAGUGUAUUUUAGUGCCUGGUCAAAUAAAUCAUACCUGAGGCCUCUUAUUUUUAGCAGCACUGUUCUUCUAGUGGGGAACACUUUAUAUGCCCUGGCAUAUGAUUUCAAUUCGAUAUAUAUACUCCUGAUUGGGAGAGUCUUUUGUGGGCUGGGAUCUGCAAGGGCGGUUAAUAGGCGCUACAUCAGCGACUGUGUUCCUCUCCAUCUGCGAAUGAAGGCGUCUGCGGGUUUUGUCAGUGCCAGCGCGCUUGGAAUGGCGUGUGGGCCAGCCCUUGCGGGCUUGCUUCAAGCUAACAUAAAGAUCUUCAAUGUUACAUUCAACCAAGACACUUUACCGGGAUGGGUUAUGGCUGCAGCGUGGCUUUUCUACCUGUUAUGGUUGUGGAUUUCAUUCCGAGAGCCUCCAAAGGAAGAACAAGAAAAUGUUGUGCAACUAGCAGCCAAUAAUGGACUGAUUGAAAACGGUGUAGUGCAGAACGAAAAUGUUACUCAGCCAUUGCUGUUAAGUGCGGGAGAGAAGAAACGAGGUGAUGAUGAUGAUGAUGAUGAAGAAGAUGAAGACGAUGAAUGUGACAAAAGCGAAGAGUCUGCUGAGGAAAUCCAGAAACCUGUCACAUCUGUCAUGGCUGCAUAUAAGCUGCUCACUCCAUCUGUUAAGGUUCAGCUACUUAUAUACUUCAUGUUGAAGUAUGCAAUGGAGAUUCUACUUGCAGAAUCGAGCGUUGUCACCACGUACUACUUCAUAUGGUCGUCGAGCAAUGUUUCCAUUUUCCUGGCAUUUCUUGGACUGACAGUUCUUCCUGUCAGCAUUUUUGUUGGAAGCUACCUCAGCAACAUGUUUGAAGAAAGGCAAGUUCUGCUGGCUUCAGAAAUUAUGGUGUGUUUGGGCAUAAUCCUGAGCUUCCAAGUCAUAAUCCCUUAUUCAGUCCCCCAAUAUGUCUGCUCAGCUCUAAUCACAUUUGUAUCAGCUGAAGUUCUUGAAGGCGUUAACCUGUCGCUCUUGUCUCGUGUCAUGUCAUCGCGCCUGGCACGAGGGACGUUCAACGGUGGGUUGCUUUCGACAGAAGCGGGGACGCUGGCUCGGGUUUUUGCAGAUGGGACAAUCACCCUGGCAGGAUACUGGGGCAUGAGCAGGCUCUUGAAUGCCACCCUGCUUCCUUCAUUAGUCAUCUGUGUGUUCUCCAUCAUAGCCACCUGCUUCACCUACAAUUCCCUCUAUUGAUGGGGACUCCCUCCCUUGCUAUGUGACCUUCCUUUUGUCUUUGUAUAUGUGUUAAAUGUUACAGAAGCUGCUAAUUUCAGAGCUGCCAAUGAUGCAGUAGUAUGGCCUUUAUGCUCCUACUUUAAUUUUCUGCA